CCAAAAACUCUUUGGGUAUCGUUUUAAUUUUAUUGGAAGAUUAUCGAGAAAAACCACUGUGGAUGAACUACAGCUCCCAUUGGUCAAUUUCUUGCUCUGACUUCAUAAGUCACCACUGUUAUGAAAGUCAUAUUACACAGUCCCUGGCUGGGCUGUGACUGGUCCAUUUCUUGCUCUGCUCUCACAAGGCGCCAUUAUGUGAGGUGAACCCCCAAAAAGUAUAUAUAGCUGCUACGGGGGCCUAGAUUUUUGUCCGCCUUACCCAGAGAGCACUCUUUUGUGAUCUGUGUAACUAGGACCCAUCUAACCAGCCUUUGCGCUCAUUGGUGUUGCUUGUGCUUUUUCUUGGUUGUUUGUUUCUGGGUCUAUUUGGUUUUUGCUUUUUUCCAUUUUGUUUAGUUUGUUGUUUUCCUCCUCGUUGUUGUUUUGCCCAUUUGGUCUUUUUUUGCAGUUUUCUUUAUUUUUGCUUCCCCCACUCUAGUCAGCUAGCACACUCAGAAGUAUCAGCGUUCGAGGAUUUAGUGGCUUUUCCUCUUUGUUUUUUCUGCAUUAUUGAGAUAGGCUUGCGGCAUCGCCGCUAGAGUAGUGAGAGUAGCUGGUGCUGUGUCUUAGUCAGCUGGGUAGUCAGUCCCCCGUGGUCCCUUUGUGUUGUAGGCAGUGCAGUGAGGAUCGGUGAUUAGCUAGUGUGUCGAGUGAUUUAGGGAGUCGAGAGAGCGUAGUUAGGUGACCGGCAUCAUGGAAGACCCCUUGGACUUCCAUCCUCCUCUGGAUGGGAUCCGUUUUGUGGACGUAAUCGGCCGGGGCGGCUUUGGCCUGGUGAAGCUGGCCCGGCACCUGGCGUCGGGCAAGUACGUGGCAGUGAAGAUCCUCCUGCGAGACUGCUCUCCCAGCAGCCCGCUGUCCGCGCAGGGGGAGGCAGCCAUCCUGAGGAGCCUGCGGCACGACAACAUCGUGCGGCUGCUGGAGGAGCGGCACACGAGGACGCACCGGUUCCUGGUCAUGGAGCUGGCGACCAAGGGCUCGCUCCAGAGCUACGUGUUUGAGCAGGGCGGCCUGGCCGAGGCCGAGGCCAGGACCCUGUUCGGCCAGGCGCUGGCCGCCGUGAGCUACUGCCAUGCCCAGCGCGUGGUGCACCGGGACCUCAAGCUGGGCAACCUGCUGCUGGACGAGCACAUGACCAUCAAGCUGGCGGACUUCGGCCUGAGCCUGCGGCUGGAGCAGGGCACACUGGCCAGCCACAGCAGGAGAGGAGCCCUGCUCCCAGCACCACCCCCAACUCCUCCCAGGCCUCCAGCCAGCCACAGCAGGAGAGGAGCCCUGCUCCCAGCGCCGCCCCCAACUCCUCCCAGGCCUCCAGUGAGUCUUACCCUCCCCCCUGCCUCGGGGCCUCCAGGAGCUGAGCCCAAGGCCCCCAAGGUGACCCCACACUUGACUCUCUCCUACCAGGCCAGCCACAGCAAGAGUGGAGCCCUGUUCCCAGCGCCGCCCCUGAGCCAGCCUCCGAAGCGUCGCCCUCCAGCCCCAGUGCCGGGAGCCACGUGGACCUUGCAGAGCCAGAAGCCGCCGCCGCCGCAUCCUGUGAGCCCAAGGAUGCUGACACCACAGACACCAAGGCCAGCGCCCAGGGCAAGAGGCAGGGCCGUCGCGGGGUCGGCAGGAGGAUCCUCCGGUUCCUGCUGAGGGCGUGCUGCAUCCUGCCAUCCCAAGUGAGCAGCCCUGGCAGCUGCUGCAGAGUGGUCCCCAAGUAGCCUCGCCCCGCCCCCGUCUCCAGGAGCUAUCCGCUGAGCUGAC